CGUGGAAGGCGCGCGGCCUUGAAGUGGAGUGGCGUUGUUUUUUGUGUGUUUAUGAGUCAAUUUUUGAUUCAUUCCCACCAUGUCUUCAGACAAAGACAUCCAGACCACGCCGAGAGGCUUCCGCUGCGCGCUCUGCAACGUCAACUUACCCAACCUGGCGAGCGUGGAUCAGCACGUGAAGGGGCGGAAGCACCAGACCCUCAGCACCGUGCGGACCACCAGGAAGACCCAGGAGGAGCGCAGCGUGUUCGUCAGUGGCAUCACGCCUGAAGUCUCCCAGAGCGACCUGGCUGAGCACUUCCAGCAGUUCGGCUCCGUCUCGGAUGUGAUCAUGGAUAAAGACAAGGGCGUGUUCGCCAUCGUGCAGUUCGCCGAGACGGGCAGCAUCCAGGCCGCGCUGUCCUGCGUGCAGCACCAGCUGAAAGGCUUGAAGCUGCGCGUCAAGCCGAGGGAGAAGAAGGACUUCAAGCUGAUCCCCAAGAUGAAGGACGACUUCCAGAACCUGCAGCAGCUCCUGGACAGCCUGGCGCCCCAGCUGUGCCAGCUGGGAUCGGUCGAUGCUCAGAUGCAGUACGUGGUGGAGAGGUUCCAGCUGGGGGAGAACGAGAAGAAGGCCCGGAGUCUGCUGGUCCAGCUCCUGCAGGAGGUUUUCGUGGAGUUUUUUCCAGACAGCCAGAUUCUGCCGUUCGGCUCGUCGGUGAACUCCUUCGGGAUCCACUCCUGCGACCUGGACCUGUUCCUGGACCUGGAGAACACCAAGGUGUUCCAGGCCCGCGCCAGGACCGCCUCGGAGCAGGCGGUGGAGGGCGGCGCGUCGGACGACGGCCGCUCGGAGGACUCCAUCCUGUCCGACAUCGACCUGUCCGCGGCGUCGCCGGCCGAGGUGCUGGAGCUGGUGGCGACCAUCCUGAAGCGCUGCGUGCCCAGCGUGCACAAGGUGCACGUGGUGAGCAGCGCCCGCCUCCCCGUGGUCAAGUUCCACCACCGCGAGCUCAACCUGCAGGGCGACAUCACCCUCAACAACAGACUGGCGGUGAGGAACACCCGCUUCCUGCAGCUGUGCUCGGGGGUGGAGGGCCGGCUGAGACCGCUGGUCUACACCGUCCGCUACUGGGCCAAGCAGAAGCAGCUGGCCGGGAAUCCCAGCGGAGCCGGGCCGCUGCUCAAUAACUACGCCCUGACGCUGCUGAUCAUAUUCUACCUGCAGAACUGCGAGCCUCCAGUGCUGCUCACCGUGGAGCAGCUGAAGGACCUGGCCUGUGAGGAGGAGGAGUGUGAGAUCGAGGGCUGGAACUGCACCUUCCCCACUCAGCCCAUCGCGGUUCCUCCCAGCAGGAACUCCCAGGACCUCUGCUCCCUGCUCGCCGGAUUCUUCUCCUUCUACGCCAAGUUCGACUUCGCCAGCGGCGUCAUCUCGCCCCGCCUGGGCCGGGUCCUCCCCGUCACGUCCUUCCUGAGCCCGGCCCGGGAGGACGAGGCGGCGCAGGAGGACCGGCCCCCCCGGCCCAGGCUGGGGCCCCUCAACCUGCUGGACCCGUUCGAGCUGUCGCACAACGUGGCGGGGAACCUGAACGAGCGCUCGCACCGCGCCUUCCAGAGGGAGUGCCGGGACGCCGAGAAGUACUGCCGCAGCCUGCAGUACCAGCGCAAGUCCACCCGGGGCAAGGCGUGGGGGCUGGUGCGCCUCUUCACGCCGCACGGCGACGCGGCGGCGCCCCAAGCCGAGCGGCCGUGCGUCCACGUCCCGUUCAGCCCGGCGGCGCUGCCCGACGCGCUGCGGGAGCAGCUGCACCGCGCCGGCGACGGCUUCCGCCUGCUCUGGUUCCACAAGGUGUGUUCGGCGGCGGAGCGCGUGCUGAGCGGCGUGCUGGGCUGUGAGCUCGCCUCCACCUCCUACUCCGCCGCCGGCGCGGCGCUCAGCCAGGAGGAUCCCGAGGCCAUGGAGGAGCCGGAACCCGCUGAGAGCGACGCCAGCCCCCAGGGCUCGCCGGUCGCCGGCGCCAAACGGCCGCCGCCGCCCGACGGCGACUCCUCCGACUCGCCCCGAGGCAAGAAGCCCCGGCUGGCGAGGAGGCGCAAGUCCGACUCCCCGCUGUGGCUCUGCCGGCUGAGGCACGCCGUGUGGGCCGGCCGCAGGAAGGCCCGGCGCGAGCUGACCAAGGACGCCGACGCCGCCGCCGGGCCCGAGAGCGGCUGCCUGCAGCUGGAGGCCCGGGUCACCGCCCACAUCGCGGCCCGGGAGCCGGAGCUCAAGGAGCCGCUGGAGUUCCGGGUCAGGCCGCAGAUGCUGGGCGAGACGGAGAGCAGCCGGGCGGCGUUCUGGCUGGAGCCCAGCAGUGACCGCAGCGGCCUCUUCCAGGACUUCUUCCACUUCCUGGAGGCCUUCCUGCCCAAGACGGUGGAGAGGCUGCUGGAGGAGGAGGGCGGAGCCUCCUGAGCGUCCAGCGUCUGUUGCUCAACUGUAAAUACCAGUUUUCUAAGAGAAAUAGGUUUUUAAGUGUUUUCAUUUGAACUGUUUUUCAAAAGAGCCGUCCUGCUGUGAUGUUUGAGACUUUUGUUCCAAUAAAGCCGUUCGUGCAGGAAACGGCGUGGAGUAACGGCGUCUCCUCCAUAAAGCAUCCUCGGUGAAGAGAUUUUAGGAGAGCGUGAAGGGUCUUUAUGGGAGGCGUUUGAACGUCUUCCAUCGCCGUUCAGCCGGACGGUCCUUCCUCCUGCGGCGGAGACAGAUGACAGUAAUUACCGGGGCGGGCAGCCCGCUUUAUUACGGCCGGGCGAGCGGGAGCUGAGGGAUGCUGGGAGCUCCCCGCCGCUGAUUAACGCCGUUCAUCUCGCCUCCAAGAGGGCCGGAAGGAGCUGCGAGACGCGGCGCGACACGUUGAUCCGUUGGUUUGGUGUGGUUCUUGUUUGGAAUGAAGGAGUUUUAAAAUGCAUUCAAAGCCCUUUGUGAGCGUCUCAUUCAAGUCCAGUGACGUCCGGAGGGGUGUUUUCUUUAACCCGCACCCCGCCGCGUGGACGCCGCUCAGCCUCUGGUGCCGUCCGGCUCGCCGCCUGACGUCAGAGCAACAAAUGGAAGGUGAGCUUUACCUUUCCUGACUGCAGCGGCGGUCUAACAGUCGCCAGACGCCGCCGUCUGGCCGAUAAUCUGCUUUAUGAGCCAAUUACACCGACUCGGCCCGUCAUCACCGAGGCGCUUUACGCAUCUGGAGGAAGCCGGGUUGGUUCCUGCAGUCCGGAGAAUGAACCCAGCUCUCAGAACUGGAAGAGGUGCAUUGUGGGAUUGCAGUUAUAAGUGGUUGAAAAAACUGCCGAUCAUGCAGCGCAUUAAGACACAUUAACACACAUUCUCCUGCAUUCUUGUGUCGGUAAGCUUUUACUUACUGCCUUUAAUGUGUGGAUUUAUGAUGA